AUGCAUACAAAAGAACUCAAACGUUGUGAACGUCGAAAUUUGAUUGACUGGCUUUGUACAAAAGCACAAGAGACUAAAGAUCCUAUUUAUUUAUUGAAACUUUAUACAGCUGAAACUGGUUUCUACAAAAUAUUGAAUCAUACAAUGGCAAAAAAUGAAGCAUAUUUAAAGCAUGCUGAAGUGAUUAUGCCUUGGGCAGUUUAUUUUGCAGGCAUGUUAUGUAGAAAUUCUUUUCCAGAACCAUAUCGUUAUCAAGGUCAAACAUAUCGAGGAAUGAGAAUCAACAAGAAAGAUCUGCGAGCGUAUAAAAUCGCGGAAAUAUUUUCUGGUUGGAAUGAUGAUCCCACUGAUCGAAGUACAUUUCCCGUUCUUUGCAUAUAUAAAAUUAUCGAUCGACAAUCAAGUAUUGAUCUCGAAGAAGUAUCGGAAUUUCCAGAUGAAGAAGAAGUUCUGAUCAUGCCAUCGACAGCAUUCCGAGUGAUAAAUAUUCAAAAGCAUAGCCAUCAUUCUAAAUAUGAAAUUGAACUGGAAGAAGAGACUGAUCCUAAUAAGAAUGUACCAGUUAUUCCAUUACCAAAAUAUCCAGCUUGGUGGAAAAGAAAUGUUCAAGAAUAA